CUGCAGUUCCUCGCGUCUGACUUGGCUUGGAGGCGGCUUGAAGGACACCAGGACUUCAGGACUGACAGAGAGUCAACCCCAGCUCGAAAAAGACAAGCACUACUUCAAGCCGCUUUGCAGGGCGGCCGGCGAGCAUGGACUUGGGGCUGAGCGAGGGACUGCCGGACGGCUGCGGCGAGGUGGCUUCUCCAGACCACCUGACCCAAGAUCUCCAGUGGACCUUCUGCAACUCAACCUCCCCUCAGCAGAACCUGUCGGCCAACGGCAGCGACCAUGGGGACCACUGGACCAGAGGUGACUACCUCCUCCAUCACCUGGGACCCCGCACUUGGUCCUUCUUCACGCCCGCCUGCGGCAUCUAUCUGGGCAUCUUCGUGGUGGGCUUCAUCGGCAACGCCUUGACUUGCUUCGUUAUAGCCAAGCACAAGGUGAUGAGGACCCCGACCAACUACUACUUGUUCAGCCUGGCCGUGUCGGACCUGAUGGUGCUGGCCAUCGGGAUGCCUUUGGAAGUUUACGAGAUGUGGAGGAACUACCCCUUUCUCUUUGGACAAGCCGGCUGCUACUUCAAGACCUUCCUCUUCGAAACGGUGUGCUUCGCAUCGGUCCUAAACGUGACCGCUCUCAGCGUGGAGAGGUACAUCGCUGUCCUGCACCCGUUGAAAGCCAAGUACAUCGUGACCAGAACUCACGCCAGGCGGGUUAUCAUAGCGCUGUGGGCGCUGUCUUGUAUCCUCGCCGUCCCCAACACCAGUCUACACGGCAUCCACUACCUGAAGACGCGGUCUGGCGAGCUGAUGUUGGAGUCUGCUUUGUGCGUCUUGCUCCGACCUCUCUGGCUCUACAACCUGGUCAUCCAGACCACCACCCUGGUCUUCUACCUGCUCCCUAUGGUCACACUCAGCGCCCUACACCUGCUCAUCGGCCUGCAGCUCAGGCGAGAGGGGGCAUUCUCCCAGAGCGAGCUGGAGUCAGGAGCCGGGAGCUACCAGAUCGCCCGCAAACACGAGGAGAAGCUGAAAAAUCGGCAGAUCACCAAAAUGCUGUUUGUAUUGGUGAUCGUGUUUGGAGUGUGUUGGGCACCGUUUCACACUGACCGCCUGUUGUGGGUCCAGAUAGCUUACUGGAAUGGACAGAUGCUCACCCUCUACCAGUGCGUCCACGUCGUCUCAGGUGUGUUUUUCUACCUGAGCUCCGCGGUCAACCCGGUCCUCUACAACCUGCUGUCCACACGAUUCAGGGAGAUGUUCAAGGAGGUGAUGUGUGGCCGUCAGUCUCCGCGCUACAAGCCUGCGUGCUGUUCGGCCAGCACGACCCGGGCAACGGCCCAGAGCACAGCGUUGGAAUACACCUCCUGCAAUGGUAUCCCCAUGCUCCACAUUGACGACUGA